AGAAAUAUAAACAGAGCUCUCCCUGUCCUUCCCUUCGUUCUCUCUCGAGUUGUCGUUUCUUGGCCCCCCAGAUCCUAAGACCCCAAGCCCUUGGGAGUGCUCGACGGAUCGAAGGAGGAAAACCAAAUUUCCUCGUCUUUUCACUCCAAUCCCUCCUUUAAUCCGACCCCCGGGGCUCGAUUUCCAUCGAUCCGUGACUCUUUUCGUUGAUCCGCGGCGCUUGCUCCGUUUCCCGGCGAACUAGGGUUUGUUCCGGUUCUUGUCGACCUUCGACUCGCGGCAUGGCGUCCGAGCAGCUGGCUCCUGGCGGAUCUCCCCCCUCUGCUCAAGUGGUUGCGAACGCCUUUGUUCACCAGUACUACCAUAUCCUUCACCAGUCUCCGGAGCUGGUCUACCGCUUCUACCUGGAGAACAGCAAGCUCGGCCGCUCGGAGGCCCAGGGCGUCAUGAGUUCGAUCACCACCAUGCAAGCGAUCAACGAGAAGAUACUGUCUAUGGACUACAGAGAGUUCGGGGCAGAGAUAAAGACGGUGGAUGCUCAGGAAUCGCUUGAUGGUGGGGUGCUCGUCCUCGUGACUGGGUACCUCACAGGGAAGGAUAACAUCAGGAGAAGCUUCACUCAGUCUUUCUUCCUUGCCACCCAGGAUAAAGGUUACUAUGUCUUGAAUGAUAUAUUUAGAUAUGUGGAAGAGGCUGACGAGCAACAGGGGAUCUCUGGGUUGGUGAAUGACACUGGUGUGACUCUAGCACCCCAGCAGGAGGCUCCUCCACCACAGGAGCAACAUGUGAUUGAGCGGGCAGUGUUGCAUCCAGGAGAAGAGGAGGAAGUGAAUGAAGAGGCAGUGUAUAAUCCUUCAGAGAAUGAGGAUGGUUCAGUUGUGGAGGAGGAAGCACCAGUAGCUGAGGUGAUUGAUGAGAUUCCAAACAAUUCUCAGGCAGUUUUAGCUGAUUCAAAUUCUGCUACAGUCCAGGAAGAGGCACUGAAGAAAUCAUAUGCGUCCAUUGUGAAAGUCAUGAAGGACAACGUUGCUCCUUUAUCGAUUCCAGCAUCUGCACCUGCCAGGCCAACCCCUUCUAACUCAGACCAACAGGCAGCCCCGGCUUUUACAGCAGCUGCAGCACCGGAGAAUGUUGCUGCCAGUUCUAGUGCUGUUGAAACAAAAAAUACUGCCCAAGAGUCAGAAGUUGAUGGUCAUUCAGUUUACAUAAAAAAUCUGCCUUUGAAUUGUACUCCUGAGCAACUCCAUGAGGAGUUUAAGAGGUUUGGACCUAUCAAGCCUGGUGGCAUACAAGUUAGAAGCCAUAAGCAGCAAGGGUUUUGCUUUGGCUUCGUGGAGUUUGAGGUGACUAGUGCUGUCCAAAGUGCAAUAGAGGCGUCGCCCAUAAUGAUUGGUCGUCACCAAGCUUUUGUCGAGGAAAAGCGGCCUACUGGUUCACGAGCUAGCAAUGGAGGAAGGUUUCUUUCUGGCAGAGGUGGGUUCCGAAAUGAUGGUUUGAGAGGGCGUGGGAACUAUGGUGGUGGGAGGGGCUACGGAAGAGGGGACUACAGCAGCAGGGCUGAUUUCAGCAACAGAGGUGCUGGAAGGGGAGGAUCUUUAAACCGUGGAGGAGGUGAUGGUGGAUAUCAAAGAGUUGAUCGUAUUGGAUCCAGCGGUGGUCGUGGAAACAGCUCUGUUUCACUGCCAAGAAAUGCACCCGAAAAUGUUGCACCUCGUGUGCCGGCUCCAGCUUAAGGCAGUGAAUGAGAGAGCGAUGGUGUGUGCUUUUACGCUUGUUUGAACGGUUGCCAUUCAUCGGUUAGGAUCAUUAUACUUUGACAGGCACACGAGGUGGGAGCAUCUCCUGCCUACGUACUUUGCCAUUCUCCUGCCUGUUGUUUUGUCCUGUGUUUUUGCAUUACGUAGGAUUACUGGUGGUUACGAGUGUAGAAUAUGGAUAAUUCUUUUCAUGGGAUAACAACGCAUCUCUAUUUGUUAUGUCAUUUCUAGGAUUUGAUUUUAUUACUGUUCUUUCCCACCCACCCACCUGCUGGAAAGGAAUAAUUUUUCUUUUUUUGAUUCCUCCCUUUUCUUAGAGCUUCACUGGGUUGUUGACAGCUGACUGCUCUGUGAGUUGGAUUUUGUUAUAUUUUUAAUCGUCGUAUGAUGAAAAUGGGCAAUGAUCUUUUGAUCA